AGCCGAUGAUGAUGAUGAGAAUACUACCUAUGUUUGUAUGCUUGCCUUGACCCGCAUAUAGAGACAAAUUCAAGGAAACGGCGCAGUGGAAGCGAGAAGAAAUUUCGGUGCUUUCUUCGCUGGCAAGCAGCGCCGCGAUCCAUUAGACCAGCAGCAUUCUCUUCCUGAUUGUCUUCCCAGGAAAUUUUCAUCCAUGGCGCUCCCAUUUCAAUGCAGGAGGAUUGGAAUCCUCCAAACCCUCGCGCCCGCGGCGAUCAAGAUGCUAGCAUUCUCCCUUCUUCUCCUCUACUUCUCCCAGAUCUGCGAUGGCGCUUCUCCCUAUCAAUGCCCUAGCUGCGGCAACGCGACGGUGCCAUUUCCUCUCAGCACCGAUCCAUCCUGCGGCAGGCCAGACUACGCGAUCAUGUGCCGCCAGGGAAAUCUCGAGCUCCAGGCGCUCAAUGGCCGCUACUCGAUCCAGCGCAUCGACCGCGAGUCUCGAAAUAUCGUCAUCUCCUCCAUGCCGCUGGCGCCGGCGAGCUGCACGACGCUGGACGCGAUCAAUCCCUCGCCGGCCAGCGGCGGCAGUGGCGGCCUGGCGCUCAAUCAAAGCCAGGCGUUCAAUGUCACGAGCAGCAACACGAUCCUGUUCCUCAACUGUUCUUCAAUCUUGCUGCGAUCGCCGCUCAAUUGCUCCUCCAGUAGCGUCUGCCACCGCUACAUCGAUUCCACGCCCAGCGCUAGCGCCUGCCGGGGCGAUAAUCUCUGCUGUAGCUUCACGGCUGGGGGAUCUAGCACAUCCCACACUAUCCGAACGAGAACCGAUGGAUUGGGCUGCUCGGCAUACGUGAGCGUCGUGCGUAUGGAUCAGAGCUUAGAUCCCAGGCAAUGGAGCUAUGGUGUGGAGCUGGGAUGGGCGCCGCCCAGGGAGCUCCAGUGUGGCGGCGAGGGAGACGAUUGCGACACCGAAGAUUCAUCGUGUAGGAUGGAUUCUACGAGCGGGGACUUCCGGUGCUUGUGUGAUCCAGGCUACGUCUGGAAUUCCGACGAAGGGGUUUGCUCCAGCACAGCUUGCAAUGGCGCUGGCUGUUCGCGAUCCAACAACGCGAUCCUUAUCGCAGGUCUUGCAUCGGGAGGCGCGGUUUUGGCAGCAAUACUAGCCACUGCGCUCUUCGUUGUCCACAAAAGAAGAUCUAGGAGGGCGAUGAAGCGGGCAAACAGGGCACAAGAGCUCGCACUGAUCAUGUCCAAUGCUGGCGGAGGAAAAACUUCAAGGAUCUUUACCGCGGGAGAGAUGAAGCGUGCCACGAACAACUUUUCCAAGGAGAGGCUCUUGGGAACGGGUGGAUUUGGAGAAGUCUACAAGGGAACUCUCGAUGAUGGAGUGGUCGUUGCGAUCAAGCUGGCCAAGCUUGGAAACAUCAAAGGCAGGGACCAGGUGAUCAACGAGGUGCGCGUUCUCUCGCAAGUGAAUCACAGGAACUUGGUCCGGAUCUGGGGUUGCUGCGUUGAUACUGGCGAGCCUCUAGUCGUCUACGAAUACAUUCCCAAUGGCACUCUCUACGAAUGGCUUCAUGUGGGCAGAGGUUUUCUUGACUGGAGAUCUCGGCUUCGAAUAGCUUUGCAAACUGCCGAAGGUCUGGCCUAUCUCCACUCAGCAGCGUAUCCACCGAUUUACCACCGAGACGUGAAGUCCAGCAACAUACUACUCGAUAACUCUUUGGUUGCCAGAGUUUGCGACUUUGGGCUGUCGAGGUUAGCCGAGCCAGACUUAAGUCACGUCUCCACUUGUGCACAGGGGACUUUGGGCUAUUUAGACCCGGAGUACUACAGGAAGUAUCAGCUGACAGACAAGAGUGACGUCUACAGUUUUGGUGUCGUUCUACUGGAGCUCGUUACGUCUCAAAAAGCCAUCGAUUUCUCCAGGGACCAAGAUGACAUCAACCUGGCAAUGUAUGUCAUUGCGAGAACUGAGAGAGGGGACGUCAUGGAUGUUGUUGACAAAAGGCUACUUGAUUUUCACAACGGUGAUAACGCCUUCGAAGUCGUGACCAGAGAAACCAUUGUUGGUGUGGUGAUGUUGGCGCUUAAUUGUCUUCGGGAGAGCAAAGACGAGCGUCCGACAAUGAAGGAGGUCUCAGAUGAGCUCAACUACAUCAUCGAGACGUACGAUACAGCUGAGGUCUACAAAUUCUAGCAAAGGAGCGGGUCAAGCAGAAGAAAAGUCGAGCUUGAGCUGUAAAACUUAACGUCACAUUUAGAUUUCUUCAAGGUAAGCAGAGAUUUUCUCUUAGAAA